AUGGUGACACCGGUAGACGAGUGCUUAAAGGUGGUGAAGAUGCUGGCUACCAUUGUCUUCCUGUUUGGCGUCUGCUGGCUGCCCCUGCACGUGUUUAUUAUCAUAUUCACCUUCAAGAGCGACUUCUUUGGCAAGGCUGGAGAGGAGAUCUACUUCGGCGUCCAUUGGCUGUCCAUGGCAAACAGCUUCGUGAACCCCGUCAUCUACGGCUUCAUGAACGAGAACUUCCGGGCUGACUUGGCUAGCAUGGUCCAGUCCUGCUUCUGCCAUCACUGGGGCCACAAGAGGCUCAAGUACCGGACGGCCGCCAUGAGGUGGCGCCUCGGGGACUGCAACGUCCAUGACGUAUCCAACAUGGCGCCCCACUGCUGCUCCACCAAGUCGCUGACCCGGCACCAGAUGGGCGCCCGGGCAGGCAGACCGGCGCCCAGAAAACACUGGAAGAACGGACACGUCAAGUGCGUGUCGGAGACGGAGGUCUCAGACAUUUGCACCUGUGACCACGUCCUUGACCUAGAUUGUGGUCACGUGGGACAUCACGCCGGAAACGGAAGUAGAACGAUAUUUCUAGGCGGGAAACGACGGAAGUGUGAGGGCGCGCACAAACAGGCGUGUCUAGGGGAGGAAAACGGGUUAUUCAGGGGAGGUCAUCGAAGCGAACUUUCUCGGGUCCGACCCGACAGUGUGUGUGACUCACAAACCGGGGUCUUCUACGACGGGUCGGAUGUUGUUUUGCUGAAGGAGCACCAUAGAAAGGAGCCGGGUUGACGCGCACUGUGUACAACCCUUCUACCAACCACUCAUCAUGUGAACGGUCGCAGGUUCGACAACCUGUGAUUGUCUUCAGCGAGUGAACCUCAGCAAGAAUCGAGUUUGACGCUUCUUCCAGCCCGUUCAUCACACAGGCUGCUAUAGGAAUUCCAGACGAACACGUGACAGACGAUCACGUGACACAUAUCAUUGACGUCACUUCUCCUCGCAUAUCUCUAAACGACCAUCUAUUUCCACCAAACUUCGUCAGAAACGAAAUUAUAAACAAAGCCAAGUUAUUUGCCUUUUGACCAAAGAGAUUAUCACUAAACAGAGAAUCUCACAGUUCAAAUAAAAUUGUACCUAUAGUAUUAAUUAAUAUAAAAAC